AUGAAUGGUUACAGCAAGAUAAAAAACUUGCACCUGAGUAGUGAAUCAUCAUCAUAUUGCUUGAUUUCUUCCUCUCCGAUUAAAGACAAAUGCAAUCAGCAACCCGAAGAAUCCAAAACUCUUGAACCACAUACAAAACUGGAUAAUGCAGAUGCAUACAUAGAAAAUGGACCAAAUUGUGGGGCACCCAAGUUUAGAAGAAAUGCCUCUGUUACAUCAUCAUCAUCAUCAUCUGCUGUUAAAAGGGUCUUCUCAAUCAAAAGAUCUAUGUCUGUUUCCGAGAGGUAUUGCAGGAUCAAUGACCAAGAUGUCGUUUUAUCAUCAAAUCCUGAUCAUGAUGAUGAUGAUGAAACUGAUCAACCAUUCAAAGAUAAAAAAGGAGGUCGUAAAGGGAUCUUGAGAUCAUUUAAGCGCAUUUUCAGGCUAUAA